CUCUUCUGAGAAUGCUGCCAGUGGUCAAAGCCUCCAACAAAGCUCUACUGAGCAGCUGUAACCUGUCAGAAAAAGGCUGUGAAGUUCUGUUGUCAGUGGUCAGCUCCCAGUCCUGUAGUCUGAGAGAGCUGGACCUGAGUACCAACAGCCUGAAGGCUUCAGCAGUAAAGCUUCUGUCUGCUGCAGUGGAGAGUCCACACGCCAAACUCAAUAUUCUGAGACUUAACAUCUGUGAACUCUCAGAGGAAAACUGUGAAGCUCUGUCCUCAGUUCUCAGCUCACAGACCUCUAGUCUGACAGAGCUGGACCUGAUAUGUUAA